AAUUACUUCUGAAACUUUUCUUCACUACCUUUAUAUAUUCUCCUUAAAAAUACUUCCACUCACUGAGUUCUCAAGUCAAUAUUCAUUCUUUUCUUUCAUACAUGUUUUUUAUCUCAAAAGAAUAAAAAACAAAAAAUCCUACCGAAAAAGAAAAUCAGCAUGGAGACAUGCCUAAUUUGCUUGGAUAAUGUUAUGGUUUUAUACCACAAAUUUGAUUUGUAAAUAUAUAUGUGUAUGGGUAAAAUUAUCGGAAACGCUAUCUAAAUAAAAGAAUUGCUUUUAGGAUGCAAAACAACAAUCAUGUAUGAAUGUUUGAAGGAGACUAGAUCUCCGUUCUCUGUUUGGUAGGAGUUAGAAAUUCAAAUCAUUUUGGCAUAAUCCACAUGCGGAAGAGACCCUUUGUUGUUUUUAGCAUGCGUGGAUCUACAUCCAUGACACAAUGAGUUUUAUAGCAUCAACCUUUUGAUUACUUAAAUGAUGGUAUUGCCGGCGACUGUGUUUCCGUCGGAUCUAAGUGGAUAAACCAGAAAUUAAAGCUGAAGAGAUAUUAAAGUGGUUGUUUAAUUAAUGAGAGUAUUUUGGGUAGUAAGAAAAACAAUUGUUUUGGAUGCUAUUUUUUGUUUGGGCAAAAUCAUCAACUUAUGCUAAAAGGACACCUUUUGGUUGGAUCUAAAAAUUUUAAUCACUACUUUUCUGACGUCAUAUUUCAGUCCCUUCCCGCUCUUCCCUUUCUCGCAAGUAGCAACACCGUGUCCGUGGCCAACAGGUCAAACUCUGGGCACGAAAGUGGUGAUAAAGAGAAGGAAUUAGCUGCGAUUUUCACUCUGUGGCAAUCAUCAUUUUAGCCUCGUUCAGAAUCUGUGCCGUGAACCUGUAAGAUAGUCUAUCCCAGGUGGCAUUGACCAACUUCAUACUCGCCGUAGCAGGAGUUAGUGCUGUGGUUCUGUUGAUGAGGAGUGAUGUCAGACAAUCAGCUGCAAUCUUGAGAUGAAAUGUUCGUCACAUUCGUCAUUGGCUUGAAUAGAAAGAGAUACCUGUAAAGGAUAUUCCAAAGGAGGAAAAGCAGUAGGUUGCUCCACAAAACCAGCAAUCUUAAAGGAAACUGUUUCAAAGUAUAGAAGGAAGGCAUGAGUGGGACGGUGGAGAAAAGCUCGUCAGCCACGAAAACCCCGGCCGAUUUCCUGAAAUCUAUUCGUGGGCGACCUGUUGUAGUGAAACUGAACUCUGGUGUGGAUUAUAGAGGCAUUCUAGCUUGUCUAGAUGGGUACAUGAACAUUGCGAUGGAACAAACAGAGGAGUACGUCAAUGGGCAGCUAAAGAACAAGUACGGAGAUGCUUUCAUCCGAGGAAAUAAUGUGCUCUACAUCAGCACAUCGAAGAGAACUUUAGCAGAAGGGGCAUAG